GCAAACAAAAACACAGAGUGUACGGACAAUUCCCCAAUUUCCUUUUGUAAACAAAAUGAAAGCAAAUUCCCCUAUUUCACUUUCCUUUUCCACUCCUGACUUUCCCUCAAAAUUCUAAUUCCCAUUUUCCAUUUCUUUCUCUUUCUCUGUUUGUUAUGAUUCUCCCUCUUUACUUUCUCUAACCUCUCUUCUUCAUUUUUUUUUCCUAAACAAGAAACUUUGAAAUUUUUUGGAUGGAUAAUCUCACCUUUCUCUCUUCUUCUUCCCCUUUCCAAAUAUUUCCCAUUCUUUCCAUUUUCUACUUAAUUCUCCAAACUGGGUUUCUAAAUUAAGAACCCAGAUCAAACCAAUCCAAUAUUGCCUUCUCUUGAUCUGUUUCUGUUCUAAUUUCUUCUAAUAAUCAUGUCCCCCUCAGUUGAACCACAACACCCUUCUUCCCUCUUCUUUUCAAGUUUUGCUUUACAUUAAUUUCUGUUUUUUUUUUUUUUUUUUUUGCUUCUAUUUCAAGAUUUUUGUUUUUGUUUUUGGGUUUCUGUUUCCUUUUUGGUGGUUGGUUUUGAAGCCAAGGGAGGGAGAUUAUUUGGAGCUUUGUGGUCCUUACUUACUACUCCUUGCUUCCUUUCUUCAUCUUGUGGCCUUGGAUUUUUCUUCUCCUCCUUUCCCAAUUUCUCAUCACUGGUUUCACUAUGCUUCCCAUCAUCUCCUUAUCUCUCUGUCUUCAUCUAUAAAAUUCAUCACCCUCCCCCUUUCUUUACCCAUCUGGGUUUUCUCUUGAGAUCCAUCUCAAAUUCCCUCCUACAAGACCAUCUGAGGGGUUUCCAUUUUCCAAUCGAGUAAAAAUGGUGAGAGGAAAGACUCAGAUGAGGCUAAUAGAGAACGCUACAAGCCGCCAAGUCACCUUCUCCAAGAGGCGUAAUGGUUUGAUGAAGAAAGCUUUUGAGCUUUCAGUUCUCUGUGAUGCUGAGGUUGCUCUUAUCAUCUUCUCCCCUAGAGGAAAGCUUUAUGAAUUUGCUAGCUCAAGCAUGCAGGGAACUAUAGAGCGUUACAGAAAGCAUGCAAAAGCCAAAGAAGCCCUGGAUCCUCCAUCUGUUAAUAAUAUUGUACAGCUUGAUUUUGCAGGUAUCCAUGGAUUAAGUGUGACACGUAUUAAAGAGUUGGAGCAUCUGAAUCAUGAAGAAGCAGCUAGCCUGAUGAAGAACAUAGAACAACUUGAAGUUGCAAAACGGAAAAUGUUGGGGGAAGAUCUAGGAUCUUGCUCCAUUGAUGAACUUCAACAGCUUGAACAUCAGUUGGAGAAAAGUGUUUGCAAAAUUAGAGCCAGAAAGAUAGAAGUGUUUGAAGAACAGAUUAAACAACUAAGGCAAAAGGAGAAAAUCUUGCAAGAUGAAAAUGCUAAGCUACUUCAAAAGUGGGAAAGUGAGGGAGAUGGAGGAGUAAAUAAUGAAGGAGAAAGAGGAGAGAAAAUGUUAAACUAUGCAGAAAGUAGCAGCCCAAGUUCUGAGGUGGAGACUGAAUUGUUCAUUGGGCCACCUGAAGCUAAGCCCAGAAGAUUUCUUUCCCUUCACUGAUUCAUUUCCACUAUACUCCCUUACCUUUACCUUUACCUUUUACCUUUUACCUUUACCUUACCUUACCUUUACCUUUACCUUACUUUAUCUUACCUUACCUUACCCUUAAUUAGUAAUUACAAUCUCUAAUAUUGCUCUUUUAUCUUAUAUUAACAAUAAUGCUCCUUUUUCUGUUCCAUAGAAUGCUACCCACACUCAGAGAGACAGAAUGGUAUGAAAAAUCUCUUUUCAUUUUUCUUUCUUUCUGGAAAAAAAAGGGCUUGUAAAUAAUUCUCAUUGGUCUUCAAGAAUGGUAAUGGAAGGAUGUGGAAAUAUUAAAACUUUAUGGAGAUGUCUCUUUUUGUUGAUUA